CAACAAAAAGGCAAAGUGAAACGACCUCGCACAAAGUACGCGCGCAAAAGCAACAAUAAAACAGAACUAAACCUCAAAUACAACAAGCACAGCCCACACAUUAGCAGUGCAACCUACAUAAUCCGCCUUUCUAAAAAAUCUACAACAAACACUACAAAUAUGGACGUUUGGGGCGUAUUUGUUGGCGAUUCGACGCUUUCCUAUGGAGGCUCGAUGCGCAACAACUAUUACCGUGACUACGAGCAGUUCCCGUAUGGCACGUUGGAACACGCAAGCAGUGCCAGCGCAUAUCCGGCCAAGGACUCCUACAGUCGAGUGCAAGAAAAAUGCAAACAAUUGAAAUCGGAGAAGCAGCUGCGCAAGGAUUGCCCAUUCUGCAAAGAACAUAAGAAGCGGCCAUUGAUCAACUAUAUGCGCAAACGUGAAUCACGUAAACAUCACGAGAGCAUUUGCGAGGAUGAAGAGGAGAUGCACGAGCACGAGCUUGAGCACGAGCACGAAGUGCAGCACCAAAUGGCAAAUCUGACGACUGUUGUGCCAACGCAGCAGAGCUGCAAGGUUUAAACAGCAGCAGCAGCUGUAGUCAGGUUUAAGAGGAGAGACAGACAGGUGGCAAAAUUAAGCCAAAAAAAAGAAAAACAACAGCAGCAGCAAUUCACAAUGCCAUAUAUAGUUAGAUAAAGACAACAAAACAAACAAAAACAAAAAAAAAUGGAAAAAGAAGCAUUGUAAAAGAUGCGUAAUGCGCCUGCUGGGCAGACAGCGCAAGUGAGAGCGAGACAACUACAAUAAUCUAAUGCAACUGUACCUACACUAACAAUUGCGUGCAUUUCCGACUAUGACGUAACACUACCAUUUACAAAUAGCAGCAGCAACAACAACCACAACUACAGCAGCAAAUAUGAAAACAAAAACAA